AGUCGGGGGGAAACAGCUCCCGGAGAGAACUUCCGGGACAGACCGAGUCCCUCCCCUGCCUUUCAAAACUUCGGCUGGCGCUCUCGCGGUUGGGGCGGGGGCGUCUGUCUAGUUCCGUGUGUCUUUUGUUUUUGUCUUCUUUGCCACCAGUGACCAAGUAAAAGAAAAAAGGACAGUCGGCCACACUCUCUGAUGAGUCAAAGAAAAUGAACUGAGAACAGGCAUGAAUUAUUCAUCCAUCCACAGAAAUGGUCAGUGUACACAUGUAAUCUUAGACAAUGCUGAUGUUCUGAGCCAUUAUCAACUGAAGUCUAUCCAAAAGAACCAUUUUUAUAUUGCAAACCCAGAUUUUAUGAGGGAAUCUAUCAAAGAAAGGAGACUGGUGGACGUAAAGAAUUACGAUCCCUGUAAGUCACUGGACACCGCACCAACUCCUGAUCAAAAGGCAGGCAGCUCUGUGGAACGUAGACCAGAGAAGCUUCCCCUGCAACUUCAGAUCUAAAGAAGUGUUAACACCUGUUUAAGCUUCAGUGGAGAAGCUGUCUUGUAGCCUCAGCCGAGUGAGCGAAGGCACAAAAAGAAGCUUUCGUCGUUGUGUUUGACGUGAUUCCAGCAUCCUGCGUCUCAUGCCAGUCACUGAACAACAUGAUGUAAUAAAUGGCUGGCCUGUGAAAAAUCAUUAAAAGCAGAUGGUUCACGGAAAGAAUUUGCUCCCAUGUUAUCAGAGAAAAGCCAGUCUCCCACGUACAAGAAGAAGAGAGUUUUCCACGAUUUGAUCAACCUCAUCACAGGAUGGACCACAAGGGCUGCUUGUAAACAUCUUCCUUGUAUUUCUUGUGAAUGGGGUGGUAUUUAAAUCCUUAGACAGUUUACUUGCAACAUAACCAUAAACAACAUCAUUCAUAUAAUACAUGAAGGCUGGUUCAUCACUUCUGGUUUUUCUAUUCCAGAGAAAAAUGUAUCAUUUUCAACAACUUUCCUUGCAAUUAUGUUAACAGCAAAUGUAAAUGCAGAAGACACACAGUAUCUUCCAGGUCCUGAAGUUAUCUUAACGCCAGAUCCUUCAGAAAAGUGGACAUCAAGCGAAGAGCUGGCAACAUGAUUAACCUCUUCCAGCUGAAGUUUGCUCCUGUGACGUCCCCUCCAACGUCUAACAUGUUCAUCGUGGAGCCAAGUUCUCCAGCCAUGUCACACACACUGGGCAUCUGAUAGAGAAUGGGCGUAUACUUGAGAUUCUUUGCAGACCCUUGAAAUGUGAAAUUUAACCCCAAUUUUUUAAAAUAAUAUAUUAUGUCAUUUACUUUUA